GCCAUACAAACGGCGUCAAAAACUGUGGUUCAUGAGUAGAGAGGUUUGAGAGGAUUCUGAAAGUUACGAUAGGCGAAUCUCGUUUUCGAAGUUGAAAUUGAAUUGAAUAGUGAAUUCGACAGAAGCAAAAAUGGGAGACAUAAACCAAGCGGCUACCGUCAACGACGAUUUGCUUCUCAAAAACUUCUUCGCCGAAGUUAGCGAAGUUGAGAGGGACAACGAAGUCCUCAGGAUUCUCUCUUGUUUUAAGCUGAAUCCAUUUGAAUAUCUAAACCUAUCAUUUGAUUCAUCAAUUGAUGAUGUGAAAAAACAGUACCGCAAGUUAUCAUUGAUGGUUCACCCUGACAAAUGUAAGCAUCCACAAGCAAAGGAGGCUUUUGGAGCGUUAGCAAAAGCUCAACAGUUAUUACUGGAUCAAAAUGAAAGGGAUUACCUUCUUAGCCAAGUUAAUUCAGCCAAAGAAGAACUUAGAGCAAAGAGGAAGAAACAGCUCAAGAAAGAUACAGCUUCAAAAAUCAAGUCUCUGGUAGAAGAGGGAAAAUAUGAUAAACAAUAUGAACAGUCAGAGGAAUUCCAGCAGGAGCUCAAAGUCAAAGUUCGUGAACUAUUAACAGAACAAGAAUGGAGAAGAAGAAAAAUGCAAAUGAGGAUAUCUGAGGAGGAAGGCAGAUUGAAAAAGGAUGAAGAGGAACAAAAGGAAAUGUGGAAAAGAAAGCGUGAACACGAGGAGGAAUGGGAAGGAACACGAGAGAAGAGGGUAUCCAGUUGGAGAGAUUUUAUGAAGGGUGGAAAGAAGAAUAAGAAAGGGGAAAUUCGCCCUCCGAAGCUUAAGACCGAGGACCCCAACAAAUCCUACGUUCAAAGGCCUGUAAAAAGAGGUUAGGGGUAUGGAUUCUUCCAUUUGUUAGAAGAUGAUGACAGCUAUCAAUUAAACCAAGGAAUUGGAGAGAACUCAUUCAAGCAGGGCUAUCUUAUGUAUCGGUUUGAUUGAUACCUGUAUAAAGAUUUAUGUUAAUGGAAUGUAGACCUCCAGCGACCUUUUUGGUGGGAUGCUAGGACGUUACUUACCAAUACUGACACAUAGGAGUUAUUAAAUUUGAAAAAGAAACUUGUGAGUAGUGGUCAUCCGCACUGAAGAAUUGAAAUGUUUAUGGAGAAUUUGAUUUGACAAAUCCACGUAUGCAGCAGGCAGUUUGAUGAAA